AUGUUAAAUCUUACCGUGCCGUUUGUUUGCGGAACUCUCCUGCUGCUGUCGUCAGCAUCCGCAGUCAUAAACAACAAUGCAAAUCAAUCGAGCCAGGAAGCGCAACGUAGGGAAGCACCGUUAGCAGAUUCGUACGGUCCUCCUCCAGCGACUGGUCCCGAACUGCCAGCGCCCGUUUAUGGAGCUCCUGCCGUUGCUCACUACCCACCGCCGCCACCAGAUGUACCGCCACCAGCUCCUGCCCUACCACCGGUCCAAGUUCCCCACAAAGAAUACGGAGUGCCGGUUCAAAACUAUGGCCCGCCUAAUGUCAACAUUGAGUACGGACCUCCGCCUGCCCCCGCUCCGAAACCCAUUUACCAUUCUUAUCCUAAGCCACCCCAAUACCACGGACCACCACCAUCGCAUCACAAGAAAUCUUCCUCGUUCUUGGAGCAGCUGUUCUCUACGUUUGGAUUCGGAGGAAGCAAUGACGACCAUCACCACCACCACGCCCCAAAGCCUUCCUAUGGAUCUCCAUCUCAUCCGGCACCUGUCUACGGACCUCCGAAACCUGUUUACGGACCACCAAUUCCUCCUCCUGCCGUUGCUCCACAGCCCGUUUACGGCCCACCAAUUCACCAAGCUCCUCCCAAGCCCCAUUACGGACCACCCAAACCUGCCUAUGGUCCACCGCUACAGUCUGCAUCCUUCGGCCAUCAAUCGAGCUCCUUCGGACACCAUCCGGCCUCACCAGUCCAUGCUCCACCAACUCCACCGGAGAUCAAGUGUGACGGAUGGAAGCCAAUUGCCGGACCCGUUGUUCAGCCUGAAGUACAUGCGCCAGAAUCCUCGUACGGACCACCACCAAGUGGAGACUUUUUGGGCUCUCAUCAUCAGCUAGAAUCGGGUGGCGUAAGCGUGGGCUCUAGUGAUAUUGGACUGCAGCUGCCUAAGCUGGAACACGGACCUGUCUUCAGUGCCCACUCGGAUCUUCAUUCCGGUCUGGAACUGCCGAAGGGUAACAACUAUGAGGUUCACUCGAACUUUAUCAGCGACUCUUACGGAGCGCCCCCAGCGGACUCCUUCCUACCCGGCAAAUACAAACCGUCGUUCGCUAAGCCGCUUGGCCCUCCACCACCACCACCGCCCCAGAAGCUUCACUUCCCUCCCUCUCCACACUACGGACCACCGUUGCGCCAUCCCGGUCUUGGCAUUUCCCACGGUAGCGUUAGCGGAAAUCUCAAGCCAUGGCCAGUUUCGGGUUCACCACCGCGUCAUCCCAUAGCUUACCGCCCGCCGGUACCACAGGGUUUGAUCGAAUCAAUCGGCCAUGCCGUUGAACAUCAAGAGAACUUCGGAACCAAACCGUCGUACUCCGGUGAUGUUUAUUUACCGCCACCAACACGCGAUGUAGCGCACUCGGGACCUUCGAGCUUGGAGUUGAAUGUACUGCCCUCUGAGCAACCCGCUCAGCCGUUCCUUACGCAGCAUCAACUGCCCGAGCCUCAAGCGUACGUCCAGGAACCACGUUACCAAUCGCACGAUGUAGUGUCUGUAUCCAGUGAUUGUGGGCAUGGUCCAACCUCGGUCGAUGUACAGCAGUCAAUCCAGACAAAUCAACUCUCCAUCGUUGGACCGUCGGCAACGGCCAGCUACUCAGCCGAUUACAGCAACAGUCACAACGUCCAAGAGCAUUACGAUGGUGCAAGCUCCUCCAGAAACGUGCAAACUUCCAGCCUCAUCGGUCUCGACGGUGGAAUCGGCGGACUGGAGCUAAUUUCUGCACAGAAAUCCCAAAGCCUUACCAUCCCCGUGCAAGGUCAGCAUGGCUCUUACCAGCUACAGUUCCAAUCAGCCGACCCACAAGGCGCCGGUUCAGCACCACACGAACAGAUCCUCUCUGAGGGCCUGCUACAAUCGAUCUUGAGCGCUAUUGAACAGCCUCAGCAGCAUCGAGCAGUGGAAGAUCAACAAUCGUACGACCCUAACAUAGAUCACAGCGAGGUGUCGGUGUUUUUGAAGAGCCCAGAAGGCCAGAAAACUUUACAAGACCAUCCCAACGGACACAUAGGACACAAGCGAUGAAAUCGUGUGACCAAAACAAGAUGAAACUCCCCUGACACCCCCAAAUCAUCUCCAUUGCUUAACUUAUUUCAU